UAGGACGGAGAUGUCAACACCUCUUCACUGUUACGAUCGCACCAUACUUAUAUUUUGUGUGUGCUUUUUCAAUGACUUAGAAUUUACUACGUCAAGUUUUAAGCUGAAGUUUAAAUGUUGAUAAAAAUUUAGCUUAAAAUCAGUUUGGAAACAUUUUAUAAGUGUUGAAAACAUAAUAGUGCAAAAAUGAAUUGAAGUGUUUCAAAAUGGUGUAAUCUGUAGUAUAGUCUUGCUCAUUUAUUGCCAAAUUGUGACAUAUUUUUCCAUACUAAAUACAAAAAUUGGUUGAAUUGAGUCAACAUGUCAAAAGAAAAACUGAUUUUAGAUUCGUCCAGUGAGUCUUUAGAACCUUUGCAGAUCCCUAAAAAGACAUUCGGUUAUCAUGGGACCGAUGAAGAGGAUGAAGAAAAGGAGGAGGUGGUGGUUGGGGUGGAAGGGAUGACUUGUCAGUCCUGUGUAAGAAAUAUCGAGGAAAAUAUCGGCAAACAAUCUGGCAUCAUCUCUAUAAAGGUCAGUUUGCAGAAUAAAAAUGCCAAAAUUAGUUACAACUCCUUGAGAACUGACCCACAAAGAAUAAAGGAAGCUAUAGAAGACAUGGGGUUUGACGCUUCUCUCCCAGAAAGUGAAAGAACAACUGUAAUCCACAUUGAGGGUAUGACUUGCCAGUCGUGUGUCAACAACAUCCAGUCCAAACUCAAAGAGAGGGAUGGUGUGAUCUCAGUUAAGGUCAAUCUAGAGAAUAAGAGUGGUGAAAUCAUAUACAAUCCCAGCUUACUAGGAGUAAAAGACCUAUGUGAAGCUAUCGAUGAUAUGGGAUUUGAGGCUUCGGUGCCAAAUCAGACGUCUUCCCAUGCACCAAGGACUGAGGGGCUCAGCUCCAAAAAUAGUACCAAAGAUUUGGAAGCUAAGGAUGAAAAACGCAAAACACAACAAGAAACCUCAUUGUCAAUAUUCAGGGACGAGAAGCUCAAAAAAUGUACAUUACACGUAACAGGGAUGACCUGCGCUUCCUGUGUCGCAGCUAUCGAGAAGCACUGCCACAAGCUUGAUGGUGUGGAGAAGAUACUAGUAGCACUGCUGGCUGCCAAGGCAGAGGUGAAGUACGAUCCACAAGUGAUCCAGCCGGAGCAGAUUGCAGCUUCUAUCUCUGACUUGGGGUUCCCCUGUACCAUUGUUAACAGUGAUGGAUCAGGCGAGGGCUCCGCGGAAGUCAGAAUAGGAGGGAUGACAUGCGCCUCCUGUGUCAACAAGAUAGAGAGCACAGUAUGUAAGAUGCGUGGUGUGACCUCAGCGGCCGUGGCUCUAACUACGCAACGUGGGAAGUUCAUCUACGACCCAGAGCUGACCGGUCCACGUGACAUCUGUGAGGCCAUCCAAAAACUCGGCUUCUCUGCGGAGAUACUCACACAGCGGGACAAGGACACCAGGGGUUAUCUGGAUCACAGGGUUGAAAUCAACAAGUGGAGGAAUGCAUUCUUGUUUUCGCUGAUGUUUGGUCUGCCAUGCAUGAUCAUCAUGACGUACUACAUGGGCGUGAUGCACUUCCAUGCUAUGUCACACAAAGACAUGUGUUGUGUGGUGCCUGGACUCUCCAUGGAGAAUCUCAUUAUGUUCAUACUGUCCACUCCUGUGCAGUUCAUAGGUGGUUACCAUUUUCACGUUCAAGCAUGGCGUGCACUACGUCAUCACACUACCAAUAUGGAUGUACUUAUCAGUAUGGCUACUACCAUUUCGUACAUCUACUCUGUGGCUAUCCUGACGGUGUCAAUGAGUCUUAAACAGCCUACCAGUCCCCAGACGUUCUUUGAUACACCGCCAAUGCUGUUUGUAUUCAUCUCACUUGGACGCUGGCUUGAGCAUAUAGCCAAGGGGAAAACUUCAGAGGCUCUCUCCAAACUGAUAUCUCUGAAGGCCACAGAUGCUGUCCUGGUGUCUAUUGGAGAAGACUUUGAAGUUCUCUCUGAGAAAACUAUAUCCGUAGAUAUGGUACAAAGAGGAGAUAUUCUCAAGGUGGUGCCAGGUGCUAAAGUUCCUGUUGAUGGUAAAGUCCUGUUCGGCAAUUCUACGUGUGAUGAAUCCCUCAUCACUGGAGAGUCCAUGCCUGUCUUAAAAAAGAAAGGAAGUGUGGUGAUUGGAGGGUCCAUCAACCAGAACGGCUUGUUGCUCAUGGUGACAACACAUACAGGGGAGUCGACUGCUCUGGCGCAGAUAGUGAAACUGGUGGAGGAGGCGCAGACCGGCAAGGCCCCCAUACAGCAACUGGCUGACAAGAUCGCCGGGUACUUUGUGCCCUUCGUCAUCUCCGUCUCCACUGUCACCAUUAUCACCUGGGUUGUCUUGGGUCAUAAGGACAUCUCCUAUCUUCCACUUACGCCGAUGGAGAAGGAAGGACUGAAUAGGGAGGAAAUCAUCUACCAGUACGCAUUCCGGUGUGGACUGAGCGUCCUGGCCAUAGCAUGUCCCUGUGCCCUGGGUCUGGCUACCCCGACAGCUGUCAUGGUCGGCACUGGUGUGGGUGCUCUCAACGGAAUACUCAUCAAGGGAGCGGAACCUCUGGAAAAUGCUCAUAAGGUGAAGAAGAUCCUACUGGACAAGACCGGGACAGUGACAUACGGAACUCCCAUGGUGUCUCGCCUCUGCCUGUUCGUGGAUAGCUCCACAUUCAAUAUAUCUCAGUUGUUGGCCAUCGUGGGGACUGCAGAGAUCAACAGUGAACACCCCAUUGCUUCAGCGAUGGUGACAUUUGUGAAGGAAACUAUCCGAAAUGAAGUGACGGGACGUUGUACGAACUUCCAGACUGUUCCUGGGUGUGGUCUCAAGUGUUCUGUCUCCCACAUCGCCGCCAUGCUUCAGGCUGCCUCCAUGUCAGAGAAGAUUUCCAACUUCAACAAUCAAGUUAGGUCAGCAUCAUCAGAGAUCAAGAUGAUGUUGAAUGGGAUUAUUGUGGAUGUGGUGCCACCCGAAACAUCAGCAGCCUCUAAGUCACUUCAAUUGGAACGUCUUUUGACCAUUAACUCGACGGACAAUCCGAUAUCAACCCAAGACUCUUAUGAGGUGGUGAUUGGAAACAGAGAAUGGAUGCUGCGGAAUGGAAUAGAACUGCACAGUGACACUGAGCGCAAAAUGUCAGAGGAGGAGGAAUCGGGCCACACGGCUGUCCUUGUGGCAAUAAAUGGUAUCCUAGUGUCGAUGUGGAGUGUGGCAGACAUUGUGAAGCCUGAGGCCCACCUGGCUGUCUAUACACUUAAGCGACGGGGCCUGGAAGUGAUACUGUUGACAGGAGACAACCGUAAGACUGCCACUGCCAUCGCUCGGCAGGUGGGUAUCAGUCGAGUGUUUGCCGAGGUGCUUCCCUCCCACAAGGUCGCCAAGAUUCAGCGACUACAGGAGGCAGGGUUCCGUGUGGCGAUGGUUGGUGACGGCAUCAAUGACUCCCCUGCCCUCGCUCAGGCUGAUGUCGGCAUUGCUAUUUCAUCUGGCACCGACGUCGCAGUAGAGGCCGCUGACGUUGUCCUUAUGAGGAAUGACCUGCUGGACGUGAUUGGCUGCUUUGAGCUGUCAAGGAAGACUGUACAAAGAAUACGCCUCAACUUCUUGUUUGCCAGCAUGUACAAUCUCAUAGGCAUUCCCAUUGCAGCAGGCAUAUUCAGUCCUUGGAACUUCACUUUACAGCCAUGGAUGGCGUCUGCAGCAAUGGCUCUCAGUUCGGUCUCUGUGGUCAGCUCAUCCCUCCUCCUCAAAAUGUAUCGCAAGCCUACGCGGGAAUCUCUGUCUACACCAGAGUACAGAGCUGCAGUAGAGGCCCACAAUGCUGCUCAAAUCCUCGAACCAGACACGAUCUCCAUCCACCGGGGCAUAGACUCACGCCACCCUUCAUUCACACAUUCCACUAGUAGUACAAUUUCUAGGUUCUUCUCCAAGUCCAAGACUGAUGUUGAGGGCAGUCAUCUGCUUGAGGAACUGGAGGAUGUGGAUGACAUUAAAAGAUCGCAAAUCAUCACCAGCAAUCUCGCCAACUGCUGAAUCUCCAUCCACCAGUGUUUCUCAAUUCAACAUCACAACUUCAAUUUAUUUAUAACACUUUUUUGUAAAGUGCCUUAAUAUCUUCCAUAAUAAUACUGCAUGAAUUAGAAUUCAAUUCUAUAAGAAUUGUAUUCGACCCCUUUAGAGUUAUUCAGAAUUGUAAACCUGUGAAUACUUUAUUGUGAUAAUUCUGUAAUGUAUUUGAAACCGUGAUAAUAUUUUAAGAAUUUUAUUUUAAACAAAAUGGCUUCCACUAAACUUCCUAUGUAUACUAGUAACAUACAUAAUAUUACAAUUUAUAUCUCAACAAGAAGUGCUCUAGUCUUGAUACUAAACAAAUACUAUGAAUUUUGUGUACUAGUCGUAUUAUAUUUUCCAAGCAUUCACAAAUAUUUAAAUAUUUUACCAUAGUCAGCCCUGAAAGAGUUAUUAUUGAGUUCAUAAUGUUUAUGUUUUAUUAUUUAUGCUAGUGUUUUGUGUAACAAUAGUUUAAUAGUUUGUAAAUGUAGUACUAAUAGAGGUUACGUUUUUUUUCCUCUCUUGAAAGAAUUUUUAUUUGUUUUGGUUACUUUUAUGAGUAACAAUAGGGCAAAGAAUUUUAGCUCAGUUAUAUUUACAUAAUUUUAAUAGAGUUAUAAAAGUAAGCAUAAUUUGUGAAAGUAAUUAUUAUACCUCCUCAUAACUGAUGAUCAUGGGAAAUUAUUAUUAAUGUAAACACUUGUAAAUGUUCACUAAUAGUUUCAAAAAAUAGUAUUUCUAGUGAUUUUGUACUCGUACUCCAUCAAUAAAACGUUUUUUAGCUGUACAUUUCUGGAAAAAUAGUAAAUCACUUUUGUGACCAUAUUUUAUCCAAUUUGUGUGAACCACUCUUAAGGUGUAGUGCUCAAGUCGAGGUUUUUUGAAAUCUGCAUUCUAGGGCUCAUACGGUCCACAUGCUAGAUACCAGUCUCACUUGUACAGCUCAUACGGUUUACGUAUCAGACACCAAUCUCACUGGUACAGCUCAUACGGUCUACGUAUCGGACACCAGUUUCACUGGUACAGCUCAUACGGUCUACGUAUCGGACACCAGUCUCACUUGUACAGCUCAUACGGUUUACGUAUCAGACACCAGUCUCACUGGUACAGUUCAUACGGUCUACGUAUCGGACACCAGUCUCAUUGGUACAGCUCAAACAGUCUACGUAUCAGACACCAAUCUCACUGGUACAGCUCAUACGGUCUACGUAUCGGACACCAGUUUCACUGGUACAGCUCAUACGGUCUACGUAUCGGACACCAGUCUCACUGGUACAGUUCAAAAGGAUUCAGAUUUAGACUGAACUGUGUCAUAGUUUUACUUCUUUUUAAACUAGUUUACGGUUGAUUGUAGCUACCUUUUCAGUGCUGCUUCCUAUCAGGAACAUGUGAACAAACUCUAGCAGCACAGGAGCUUUGCUAUAUUUCACCAACUGACGUUUAGUUCUGAGAGCUUAGUCAGCAUUCCCAAACAUAUUAUUUCGUUAUGUUAAAAAUAAUAAUAAAUAAUAAAACACAUCCUUUUUAUUCCUAACUAUAACACAUAAAUACCGGUAUGUUUUAUCUUGAAAUAUAAUCGGAGAAAUGUUAAAAAGUUAUUGGAAAAAUUAGUUUUUUUGUACAACUAUUGUCAUUAUAGUCGUUACAGUAAAAUUAAGUAACAUUUGUUUCAGAUUUUUAAAAGGUAGGUACAAUUUACAUGAUUCUUAAAUAAAAACCAAGUAGAUGUCAAUUAAUUCCAACCAGUAGGGGAAAAGCAAUGUCAGUUGCUGAGCAUGGAAAUAAAAUGUUCAGGGAGGCAUCAGGUGGUCCAUCCCAGCUGGUGUUUUGAUACAGUUAGGAUUAUAUCAGCUGAGGAGGAAACAGCUCAAAAUCCACAUCACAUACUGGUCUUUUUAAGCACUAAUGGUUAACUUUUUAGUGAAGUAAAAUGUUAUAACUGCAUCACUUCAUGUUAUUUUUAUGGGGUCGUACCAUGGUCUAUUCACCACUUUAAUAAAUAAGAGAAGAGGAGACAACUUCAAAAUGUUGAACAGGAAGGCCAUAGAGUUACAUAAUAUUUCUUUAAGAUACGGGUAUAAUGAUAGUAAAAUAGCACAAAAGUUAAAUUGUAUAACACGAAUUUCAACUGAUUGGACUGUUUGCACAAAAAAUAGGUUUUAACCACAUUUAAAUUUUUUAUGGCAUUUUAAAAGUAACAAUUAGUAGUAAAGGUUUUAAAAUUUCUGGUUUAAUUUAAGUUAAUUUCCUUAAAAUGAAAAUUUAAAGACCAGUUGUUAAAACUUGUUUUUACUUCAGUAGAAAAUAUGUUCUUAAUAUUAAAAAUAGAUAAAAUUUUACCAAUUAGUUGUAUGUUUGAUUUUUAAUUUGUUAUAAAGCUAUUAAUCUAUAUUACUGUUGUUUGUAUAGUGUGUAAUAUGUGUACGAUAACAUAUUUAAACAAUGUAAUUAUAAACUUUAAUCAUAAUCAUAUACAAUUGAAUACUAGUUAACUACUGUAUGAAGUGUAAUAUUUAAACACUGUAAUUAAAACCUCUGAACAAUGUUUUGAUACUGUAAAUUGAAAAAUAUUUUGCAUAAUAAACUUAAUGUAUCAUAUUUA